GUGUCACGCCAUGGGGAUGGCGGAAAGGACCGUACGUGAAAACACAGUCCUUAUGAAUCAUUCAUCAACACUCUGUUUUGUGCUCUCUGUUCCACGAUCUCUCUUGACAGUGAAGCUUUUCUUAAUCCUCAGCUGAAGAGGAAAUCGCUACUAGAAAUGGCUUGUUUGCACAGUAUCUCGAGGAGGAGGACAAAUCUUUUGCCUAGACAGUUUUGGAUGCCCGAACGGCCAGUUCUUCGUGUUAACAAUGAUUAUACCAGAACUUAUUGUCUGAAUUCCAGUCCUUUGGCUUGUGGAAUGCAUAGUCAAGCUCGUAGGCUUGAUCUUUUGUUGGAAGAGAGGAAACAUAUGUCUUUUGCCCGACCAUUGGGAUCUGGCUUCUUACUCUGUAGGCACAUGUCUUCGAAACCGGGAGAAUGUUCGGACAAGAUCGAUUAUCUUUCCACAGUUGUUGAGGAACUUGUCCCAGAAGAAUCUUUGGAAGCAGUAAUCCCUCAAGUCUCCUCUGUGAAAGAGGUGGCAAUCGCUGCUGCAGAUUCUUCUCUUCCUGUUGCUGCCAUCCAGCACUUUAUUGAUAGUGUUCAUGCAUUUACCGGCUUCAAUUGGUGCGCAUCGAUAGUUAUCUCGACUUUUCUUGUUGGAGGACUAUAUAUCCCAACCCGUGUAAUACUUUGGAAGAACAUUCCACAUAUAGUUAAUAUAUGUCAACGUGUGCGGAAAAUGGCCGAGACAGAUGGAUUGGUGACUGGAGAAAAAGAAUGGGAGGCAAUUUUUGAAGAGUUUGAACCUUUUCUAUCUUCGCUACUGAUUGCAAGUCUUGCGGAGGGGUUCAUCUACGUCAGCACUUUCCUUGCGAUACACAACAUGGCUCAGAAGAUGCCGUCCUUCCAAAGUGGUGGAAUCCUCUGGUUCACUGAUCUUACAACUCCUGACAGAUUUUACAUCUUGCCUGUUGUGACGGGGCUCACUUUCUGGUUUACAGGGAGACCCCUCAGUAGGCAGCAUAAUCCAGUAGGUGGAACCAGGAUACUGCUUUGGGUGAUCUUUACUAGUGUUGCAUUUCAAGCUAUAUUCAGUUUUGAAUCGGCCUUGUACUGUUUCAUGAUCCCAUCUAGAGUAUUUUUGUAUGGAGCAAGUCUUGCGAUAUUAAGAUCUCCUAAUGCGAGGAAGUUGCUUGGUCUCCCAGACUGCUACUCAUCAAUCUUGGCUUCCAAAUACAAUACCUUCACUAAAGCAAUGCUCUCCGGCCUGUUAAAGAUUCUGCAGAGGCUCCAAAGUCGCAAGGAACAACAGUACGCCACAAAGAAGAAGGACAACAAGUGAAAAACUCAGAGAGUUGUGCCUGAAACUGUUUUAGAUUGUCUUGCUGACAAAAGAUGGUUCACUUAAUCUUCUUUGUAGUAGCCUCCAAAUUUAACCAUAAACCAGCCGUUUAGUCUUUUUCUUCUUGAUAUUUCAGGUUUGUAGUGUAUGGAACAGUACUGUUCUGAUGUUGUUGGAGAAAAACAACGUAUCCUAUCUAAUGAAAUUUACUAAGGGCUGGAGUGAUAUUCUCGA